GGCACGAUGCAGACGCAGGGCGCUACGAGGGGACCGACUCACUUGGUUGCCCUUUAUGUGGCGACGGCGGGUCUCCAGGGUAAUGCUCUCGGCUCCGACGAGGAAGAGAUCACACUGUUGGUUUACGUGCUCAUCGAUGUGCAACAGAACAGGGUGAUGGGAAGGCAACAGUAUAUUGUACGACCGAUGGUAAUGGACGAAAGUUGUACGCCUGGAACCGGUAGCGACAAUCCGGCGAUUGCCGGAAGUAGUGGAGUCAUCAGCGAAGUAGCGUUAGCACACGCUCCGGCGUUAUCCGAAAGAAAUCUUCGAGAGCACGGCAUUCCUCUGGAGCAAGCUAUCGAGAAGUUUGAAGCAUGGUGGUCCGCCAUGUCGUGCGUGACGUCCGGUUCCGCACCACGUUUCGUCGUAGACGGCCAGGCGCCGAUGAGACAAUGCUUACAUCCAGAAGCCUGCAACAAAGACAUCAACCUGCCAGAACAUUAUACCCUCUUUCACGAUCUCCGGAAGGAAUUCGUUGCUUGCUACUCAACCCAUGGAGAGCUCUCGACAUUUGGAAUACAGGAGAUGAUGGAAUAUUUUGGCCUACCGUUAGAUACCGAGAACGAGUUCUAUGUGCAUGAAAUACAAGAUAUGAUCUGUGUAAUACAGAGGAUGAUAAAAGAUGGUCACGUCUUCCAAAAUCCUGAAACAGUUAAUAUUGUUUUAGAACCUGGUAUAUGCUCAAAAGAUGAAGAAGUUGACAAUGGCUGUGUAGUAAGAGCUAGAGGUCUUCCCUGGCAAUCAUCGGACCAGGACAUAGCAAAAUUUUUUCGUGGCCUAAAUGUUGCCAAGGGUGGUGUAGCUCUGUGUUUAAGUCCUAUGGGAAGACGUAACGGAGAAGCAUUAGUACGAUUUGUUAACAAAGAACAUAGAGAUAUGGCGUUAAAAAGACACAAACACCAUAUGGGUGGAAGGUACAUAGAAGUAUACAAGGCAUCUGGAGAGGAUUUUGUUGGCGUUGCUGGGGGAACUAGCGGGGAAGCUCAUGCAUUUUUAUCUAGAGGAGCUCAAGUUAUUGUUAGAAUGAGAGGCUUGCCGUACGAUUGUGUGGCUAAACAAGUGUUGGACUUCUUUUUGUCAGGGCAAAAGCCCUGUCACGUAUUGGAUGGAGAGGAUGGAGUUUUAUUUGUGAAGAAGCCGGAUGGUAGGGCAACCGGAGACGCAUUUGUUCUUUUUGCAAAAGAAGAAGACGCAGUGAAGGCCUUAAGUAAACACAGAGAUUGCAUUGGUAGCCGGUAUAUAGAACUUUUUCGAAGUACGAUUGCCGAGGUGCAACAGGUUUUGAAUAGAGCGAUUGAUCCGAAACAGAUCGUACUUCCAACGCCGCCUAUUCCACAACUUCCUCCCAUACUUCCGCAACAUAUUAUCACCUCUGGCACGCGUAAAGAUUGCGUUAGAUUGCGCGGUCUUCCAUACGAAGCUCUCGUUGAACACAUCCUCGAGUUCAUGGGUGAACAUUCUAAGAAUAUCGUCUACCAGGGUGUUCAUAUGGUUUACAAUGCUCAAGGUCAACCAUCCGGCGAAGCGUUUAUUCAAAUGGACAGCGAAAGUUCGGCAUAUGCAUGCGCGUCGCAACGACAUCAUCGGUAUAUGAUAUACGGCAAGAAACAGCGAUACAUCGAAGUAUUCCAGUGCAGUGGGGAUGACAUGAAUCUGGUAUUGACAGGUGCAGUAACUCCAGCGUCAACCAAGGCUCUGCUAUCACCCGGUACGUUGACCACACAAACUCCUGCAACUUUGACACAUCCGCCUCCGCCGACGCCGGUACCGGUACCGGUACCGACGGCGCAACCCCCCCUCUGGGACAUUCACGCGUUAGUACAAGCUCAAGCCCAUGCACAAGCGCAGGCUCAAGCGCAAGCUCAAGCUCAAGCGCAGGCAAUCCGAAAUCAAGACUUUUGGCUAAUGGCUCUAGCCUCGAAUCCACCACCUACCUCUACCACUCCUGCUUCCCCAACUUCGUCAGCUACGACUAAGACGCUCGCUCUACCGGGACCGAAUCCGCAGCAUCAGAUUCCUGCCUACGCAAUGGCACCUCCCGCAGCAGCCGCGGCGGCGGCGGCUGCUGCGGCGCUUCACGCUCAACAACCCGCGCCGGCGCCCUUCUUACUUUUUAACGUACCCUCUCGAAUCCCUAUUUUACGUGCACCGGCACCGCAUGGUCUCCUGACACCUAUCGUUCAGGCUGCGCCCAUUAAUCCGGCCGCUAUAAUGGGACUGAAGAGAACUUGGGAAACCGCUUUCCCACCCGAUACAUCAAGCACAGUCGCGAAACGUGCCACGUGGCACACACCAGCGACCGCAUUUCACGCGCAAGCUCCAGCCGCGGCACCGGGCUUGCCUUAUCCUGCUCAAUUUUAUCCUCAGAUUUGAUAGGUUAAGCCGCUAGUGUCGACGAUAAUCGUUCUAAACACAGCGGACGAACAACGUGUCUUCUUCUUAAUGCAUCUCUCUUCUAUGUAGGUUGAAUUUGAACAAGAAUCGAUCGGCCAAUAUGGACCAAUAAUUAUUCGUUCCUUCGUACGUUUCUCGUAGUCGUUGCAACGAGAGGUUGUGAUUUUGAGACAUUUAUUUGUCGCGCUAGUGACGGGCAAAUUUAUUCCAGUUGCAUCGUUACUGCGUGAAAGAGCGUUGUACGAUUAAUGCGAUGGACGAUUUAUUCUUCUACGAAUAUAUAUACGAUACAUGCUAUUGUGUCCAAGGCAACUAUUUACAGAUGACAUUCCGCAUGAUAUUCUGUGCAAACCCUUUUUUCAUAUUAUCGUGUUAUUUUAGAGUCAAGUUAUUUUAGAGAUCGUUUGCCCUCGAACUAAAGAUAUAUACAUAUAUAUUUAAUCAUUACAUAUAUACAUGUAUAUAUCGUUUGCCCUCGAACUAAAGAUAUAUACAUAUAUAUAUAUAUAUAUAUAUAUAUUUCUUUGACUAAAGAUAUAUACAUAUAUAUUUAAUCAUUACAUAUAUACAUGUAUAUAUCUAUUAUACAUAUAAUUGUUUCAGAGAUGGUUUUUUUUGAUACUUAAUUGAGCAGCAGUACUUAGAGUGUUUUUCUUUACAUUAUUUCCUUACACAACGUAUGAGUUUUUCAACGGUCGCGUUACAUGGGCCAGAAUAUAUCAUUAGGAGGUGACUAUGUAUCUUUCUAUUUCUCCUUGUUAUACGUGUUCUUGUACUUUAUAGGAGUUGUUCUUUCAAUUUGUCAUAUAUGACACGUGCUUAGUAAAGUGCCUUAAAACGUGAAUCAUGAAUUAUGAACUGUUCGCCUUAGGACGUAAUUUCAUUUCUUUCGAAGAUUUCGGAAUUUAUACGCGCAUGUAAAUAUAUACAGAUAAUAGAUUUAUAUAUAUAUAUAUAUAUAAAUAUAAUAAUAUUAUAUUAUAUAUGUAUAUAUAUAUAUAUAUAUAUAUAUUAACAGAAAUUGAAAUAUAAACGCAGACAUAUAUAUAAAUAUAUAUAUAAGAAUGAUUUAUAUAUUUUGCUAGAAAUAUUUUUAUUAGGGAUAUAAGUAAAUGGACAUUCCAUCCAGUGUUAUCGGUUUUUAAGCUCUAAUUCACGGAGAGUAGCUUCUUCUUUACGCGGCAUCUACUUUACGCACGUCCAUGCUUAGGAACAGAAUCUUUACAUUUUCUUUCUAAGCAAGAGCCUGAAGUUACAUUGCAGUUUCACAUCAAAACGAUAUUAUUUCGAUUGCAAUUGCAAUGCGCGUGAGCUUCCUGAGCCAGUCGAUUCGACGUGACCGAUAAGAAAAGUCCCACGACGAGAUUCACAAAUCCAUUUCUAGCCCUCGCCACAUUCCUAAGAGAACUUGCUUUUCUCUGUGCCGCGUAGAGGACACUUCGAGCUCGAAACAGGAAAACCAAUCGAGGCAAUACGCUCAGUCACGUUGCGCUUAUACGCGAACGUUCCCCGGUGGUGCAAAUACGUUCGUUGGUUGGAUUAGUUGUGCAAACAUUACGAGAGUUUGGUGAAUGGUACAUAAAGCACGAAGAAGAAAAGAAUGUAUAUUAGAGAACGGUAGUGUUAUUGGCAUCGUAAGUAUUCCCUCAUGAUCGUAGAAAUUCUAUUCGUUCUCAUUUCAAGGCUGAACGUUUCUUCAGUUUGCUUCUCAUAGUUUGAUUUUCAAAUAAAAUACGAAAUUUAUAUCUGAAAACCAAACAUAGAUCGAGCGAAACGUUGCACAAGACGUGUUUCAAUUAUCAUUCUUAUGUCACGAGAAUGAUAAUGGGGCCAAAGGGAAUACUAAACCGAUGUCUAAAUACUAUUCUGCAUGAUAAUUUAAUCCUGAUUAAAAUGGACGAACGGUUUUCACUUAAAAAAAAGGGGGAAAAAAGGAAAAUAAAUAAAAAAAUAAAAUAAAAUAAAAUAAAAGAAAUUACUAAAAAGAGGAAAAUAUAAAUCUUCGUGCUAUAUUAUAUAUUACCUAGGAGUCGUAGCUAGUGAUGUUUUUAACUUGGUGUCGGCGGUGUAUACCUUCUUCUCGAUGCUCUUCUAAUAUUUUUGUGAUACCGUAGAAUUGGUGGAACGAUUGGAGGAAAAGGCGUGUCGAGGGGCCUGACAUCGAGCGUACGCGGAAAGCUCGCAUCCCGUAGAAAUAAACGACGAUCGAUAUUUUUACUGCCAUUACGAAACAGCUUUUUUUUUCCAGAAUAGUCCACGUGAUCGCGAAGCUCGCCUUAGCCUUUCGUCCUUCGCUACUACUCUUUAUUAUGGUUUUUCUGUAUGCUCGAUCUCGGUGUUACCGCGGAGCAACGUGAAGUGCUGUCCAGUGAUUACACAGAUUUUUUCUUGCCACGUUUCUCUAUACGUUUUCUCCUUCUCUCUUUUUUUUUUUUUUUGUUUAUUUUUUUACAUGCACUCAUAUAUACAUAUACAGAUAAUGUAGAGCGUGAAUUAACGAUUCUAUGAACCAUGGAAACGGCACGAGACGCGCACGACGAUCGUUCUUAUUGCUCCAAAGUAUAAAGUCCACGGGCAUAGAAAUGACUGGUUUGCAUGUCGUGGUUUUGUGGAGGGACGUGCAUACAAGUACCUGUAAUAUCCUUCUUCGUCACCUAUCGUUUACGAGACGACAGACUUACGUAACGGGUCGAGUUACUUUUUUCUGUUUUUUCCCCCCUCUAAUGCGUAAUUACGUUCAUUAUAUAUUAGUCGUUUUUUUCUCUUCCCCUUCCAAAACUUUGCCUCCCUCUCCCACCCUUUCCAUAAUUGUCGCAUUCCUUUCCAUAUCAUAACGCACAUAGACUAUCUAAUAAUACAUCUUGUAACAGUUUUUCCUCCCCUCCCCUCCCCCACACCUCGUACGUAUAUUUAUACGUAAUCCUGUAAUUCUCGCACAACGCCUCCCUCUGUUUGACAGGAUACGGUAGCGUAUUACAUAGAACUGAGUAGUACCUUUGGUAUACACCUAGUCUUGUUUUGUUGUUACAAUUGUAGUGCAAAGUGUGUACGACAUUCGAUGAAUACUUUGCAAGCUGGUUCGCACGUGUGUAAGCGAAUAGAGAUUGUUUGUCCGUCGAAUAAAAACAUUGUCAAGUAUCGAUAUAGUGCCUGAAACUGUAAAGAGACGAACAUGUACUCCUCUGGUACUCGGGUCGUGCACAUUUUACAUUCCAAUCUUACUGAUGUAACUCGAGAAUCGGGAUAUAGUCUGCGGAUAUUAUUUAUAUCGGGCUUCCUGAGUCUGCUUUUAUACAGCAUUAAUAGACAUCUUAGAGAUUUCAACGGAGUGACGCGAAACGGAUCAAUUUGAUUUUACUCUCACAGUUGUUUCUGUGGAUCUAAGAAGGAUGUACAGAUGCAGUAAUUCAUAGAUCAGGGGAAUGAUAUUCGAUUUUGGGUAGAAGAGAGUCGAUCGUGUCUAAAUUUCAUCGGUCGAUUUGAUCGUAAAAAUGAUCAACGUUAGGUUGAUACGGAGAUAUCAAAAUUCGUAGUGAAAAGAAGCGAAGAUUGCUUA